AGUAAAAAUAAUCUCAUUGUAUGAAUGCAAUAAUGCACUCAAUACAAAUUUCAUCAGAAAGAAAUAGACAGUCAAAUUUUCAAACGUUGCCGCGUAUGAGCCGAUCUCGCUUGUGAUUGUUCAACGUCCCUAUGUUAGCGCACGUGUGUGCCUCGUAACCCCCCCCCCCCUCUCUCUCUCUCUCUCUGUCUCUCUCUCUCUCUUUUUCAUGUGCAUACAGGCUCGCGCGCUACACGCGGUGGCAGCGACUUUUUGCACACGCGGUUGCUCCUGUCAAAACAAGUUCGAGUGUUUCGAGACGUAUGAUCAUAGAUUAUAAUUCGUUCGCUAUAAAAUAAUAGUAACAAUACUUUUAUAUACUUGAAAGAUAUAAUUCACAAAUGCUUCAACAUGUCAAGGAAGUAUGCUAGUGGUAAUGUGAAAAGGAAAUUAAAAGCAGAUAGAGAGAAUUUUGAAAAGAAGCUGCCUAAAUUAUCAAAUUUUUUUCCUUCAACGAGUACUGCGGAUGAUGCUCCUCCGAUUACUGAAGAAAGCAGUGUUGGUACUGUUGAUCUUUCUGAAAGUGAAGUGUUAAACAGAGAUAAAGAUGUUUCCAACGGGAGUGAAAGAAACAAAGAAACAAAUGAUAUGACAGUGCAAUCAAGAUUGCAUUGUUCUAAUUUACUUGAGGAUUCAACGAAAUCACGUAUGCAUAUCAAUCAAUCAAAAAUAGCUUUUUCCGACUGAUCCAAUCUAAUUUAAUGAAUUCUAUGUCUUGGAUAUUUUUAUUUUUAAUGUAUUUUCUCAUAAAUUUCAUACAUACAUAUGCAUCGCGAUCCGAUAUUAAUUGUAGGUGCUGAUUUAAGAUAUUCACAUUCACAUCAGUGUAAAUUUAGCUCUGAACAUAAUACCACAAUUAUUGCAAUUACCUCAAAAGAGAAAACUACAAAUAAAGAUGACUUAUUCCCUGCAGAUACAAACGAAAGUGAAGUUGUAUACAUGGACGAAUCUGUAAUAUUGGAAGACAAUCCAAAGACAGAUACUGUAAAACAGGAUCCAGCUCUUUGGCCAUUACAUUUCACAGAUGCAGAAAGAUCUAAAUACUGCGAGAAAGACUCGACAUUUUUUCAAAAUAAAAAUUCGGAUUUCAAAAAUUCUGUAAGAAAAUGUAAAAAUCAAAAUAGAUUUUUCAAUCCCAAGCAUUUUACGAGGGCAUUAAAUAAUGGCGAAAAAUGCGAAAGAAAAUGGCUCUUAUAUUCUGAAUCGACCGGAAAUGUGUUAUGCUAUACUUGUAAGCUUUUUGGCGUGGAUCAUGAGAACUCAUUUGUCACAGGAUUUUCGAAUUGGAAAAAAACAAAUCUAUCAAUUAGUGCUCAUGAGAAUAGCAGCGAGCAUAAACAAAAUAUGAUGACAUGGAUUGAGCGCAUGAGAGCAACGGAGAGAAUAGAUAUUAAUUUAAUGACUGUUAUGGAAAGUGAAAUAAAACACUGGACUGAAAUUUUAAAAAGAGUAGUAGCAGUUAUAAAAUUUAUUUCUGAGCGAGGUCUUGCAUUUCGUGGUACACACGAAGAUAUAGGCUCUCCAGAUAAUGGAAAUUAUCUUGGAAUUUUAGAAUUAAUAUCUGAUUUUGAUCCGUUCUUGAAAGAGCAUAUAAUUUUAUGAGCAAAUAAAGAUCGGGAAACGGUUUCGUAUUUGUCUAAGACUAUCUGCGAAGAAUUGAUAACUAUUAUGUCAGAAGCUGUUAAAAAGCAAAUAAUCAGUGAAAUAAAACGAGCAAAAUAUUGGGGACUAGUAGUCGAUUCUACCCUUGACAUUUCGCACAUAGAUCAGUUAUCUGUAAUUUUUAGAUACUAUUAUAAUGGCCAUUUAUAUGAACGAUUUUUUUGCUUCCUGCCCAUAACCAGUCACACAGGCGAAUCGCUUAGUACAAAAAUAUUGCAAUUACUUGAAGACGUCGAAAUCAACAUAAGUAAUUGCCGAGCGCAGACUUAUGAUAAUGCCAGUAACAUGUCCGGUAAAUAUUCGGGAUUGCAGGCACGAAUAAAAGAAGUGUGUGAUCUGGCUGUCUACGUACCUUGUGUUGGACAUUCUCUGAAUUUGGUUGGUGACAAUAGUGUAAGCGAAUGUAUUGAUGCGGUGAAUUUUUUUGGUAUACUUCAGCGACUUUACAGUUUCUUUGUUGCAUCGACACAUAGGUGGAAUAUUCUAGUUAAAAAUAAAGGUGCUAAAGUAACUAAUUUGUCAGCUACAAGAUGGUCCUGUCGAGUAGAUGCAGUAAAUGAUGCGGUCAAGGAUUAUAAUGGAAUCCACAAUGCUCUUUUAGAAUUAGAAAAUGACGAUAAUCAAAAAGCGGAUACUCGACACGAAGCUGCGUCAUUAAGAAAAAAUAUGACAAAAUUGGAAUUCGCAUGCAUGGCUGUGUUUUGGCAUCGGGUUCUACAUAAAUUUCAUAGAACUAGUAAAUAUUUACAAAAAGUAGAAUUGGAUUUAAAUACAGCUAAUAAUAUGUUACAAUCGUUGGUCACAUAUGUGCAAGAAUUGCGCGAAGAUUUUGCAAUUAUAGAAUGUAAAGCAAAAGAAUUGAGUCCUUUUGUCACUCAGGCAUACUCUGAUUCAGGAAAACGAAAAAUUACUCAAAGGCUUGCGGAUUCUCAAACACAAACACAGAAUUUGGAAGGCACUGAUAAAUUUCGCAUUUGCACUUACUAUGUGAUUAUAUAUAAACUGAUUGCAGAAUUAAAAAAACGAAGUUCGGCUUAUGAAUCUUUUAUAAAAUUAUUUGGUUUUCUAGCUGAUCUUAAAAGCAUGCAAAAAAGUGAUUUGCAAAAGAGUGCUGGAAAUUUAGUAGAAGUAUAUAAAAAAGAUUUAGAAAAUACUUUCGUAUUAGAAUUGGAGCAAUUUGUUACGCUAUUGAAAGAACAAUCUUUGUGUGAAGACAGCACGGGUGAUUCCUUGUGCUCCUUAAAGGUUUUAAAUUGGAUGGUAGAUAAAAACAUAAUAGACAUUUUUCCAAAUGUUUUUAUCGCAUAUCGUUUGUUUGUAACGGCGCCAAUUGCGAACUGUGAGUCGGAAAGAUCGUUUUAUGUUUUAAAGCGAAUUAAAAAUAUGUACAGAUCUACGAUGGGACAAGAACGAUUAUCAUCCUUGGCAACAUUGUCCAUCGAAUCCGAGAUAAUGCGAACGCUUGAUUUUGACUCUCUUAUAAACGAUUUUGCCACGACGAAAGGCAGAAAGCGCUCCUUCGUAAAUAAGAAAUAAAUAUGAAAUAAUAAUUUAAA